AGUGUUGCAGGCAGACCGUCAUGCUUCGUGUGCUAUUUGCACGUUGUCGGGGUGGAAUUUCUGCAGAGAAGGUGCAAAAAUCCAUUAUAUCCUCUUGUAUUCUUAACACACAUCGUUGUGCACCUGUCUGCUUCUACAAAACCAAGCUAGCUCUCACACAGGAAAGAGAAAUGUCUUCGAAUUCAAGCCCUCUUGGACCMGCAAACAGGAUUGCAAAUCUACCCUUAAACUUCUGGACCCAAAUAGUUGAUCUCACCAGAAAGUAUGCCAAAGUUAAUCUUGGACAGGGCAUGCCAGAUUACUAUCCCCCUGAUUUUGUAAGAGAAGCAUUGAUGGAGGUUGCCAAGAAUGGYGAGACAUCAUCACAUCAGUAUACAAGAGGACAGGGACUUCCAAGGCUUGUCAAUGCAUUAGCAACAAUGUUCAGCAAACUCCAUGGUCGCAAGAUAGAUCCUAUGAAUGAAAUAGUUGUGACAGUUGGUGCUUAUGAAGCAUUGUAUUCUACUUUCAUGGCUUUUGUUAAUCCUGGAGAUGAGGUUAUAUUACUAGAUCCAUGUUAUGACUGCUACAAAGAUCAAAUCAAACUUGCUGGAGGAAAGACUGUUUUCUUUCCUUUGACUGCUAAAAAAGGAGCAACAUCUUCAAAAGACUGGACUGUUGACAAAGAUGCACUUGAGGCCAAAAUCAGYGACAAAACCAAAGCUAUUGUCAUAAAUACUCCACAUAAUCCACUUGGCAAGGUGUUUAGUCUAGAUGAACUGACAAUUAUAGCAGAUGUGUGUAAAAAGCAUAAUUUGCUUUGCAUAAGUGAUGAAGUUUAUGAAUGGCUGGUCUUUGACGGUGUAAAGCACACAAGGAUAGCAACACUACCUGGAAUGUGGGAGAGAACCCUUACAAUCAGCAGUGGGGGCAAAACAUUUGGUGUUACUGGAUGGAAGGUUGGCUGGGUUAUUGGUGCACCAGAACUAAUUAAUUGUGUCCAAGCAAUUCAUACUGAUUGUACUUUUCAUGUUCCUACCCCAACACAGGAAGCUAUUGCUGCAUGUAUUGAAAGAGAGACACCUUUGCUUGGUACCAAGGACAGUACCUUUGCACAAAACGCUGAGUCAACAGAAAAAAAUAUGAGGAGAAUGGCAGCCUUCUUCUCUGAGUUGGGAUUUCAUCCUCUCAUCCCUGAGGGAGGGUAUUUCAUGAUGGUGGACUUUUCCAAGGUUGAUACAGGUGUUGAUUUGAAUGAGUAUGAUAAGAGCAAUGAUUUGCUGGACUUCAAGUUUAUUCGUUGGCUUUGUAAAGAAAAGGGAAUUGCUGUGGUUCCACCAAGUGCUUUUUACAGCGAUGAAAAUAAGUCUUUAGCUGGAACCCACAUCCGCGUUUGCCUUAUGAAGGAUGAAAAAACAAUUACAACAGCAGAAAACAUCUUAAAAGAAUGGAGGAACAGCAUCCAAAAAUAACAAGACAAGUUUGAAUGACAAGAAAGACUUUUACCAUUAUGGCAGUUGUAUAGGUCGCCAUUUUCUUCAAAACAGAAAAUAUGAAAAAUCUACUCUAUGCCRACUUUUUAUCUCCUCUAAAAUAAAAUGCAAAAUCCGUUUUUGAAUUUUCUUUACACUAAAGCAAGUCAUUAUCUGUAAAGAAAAUAAAAACCGCGGGUCUUUUCGGGAUUUAGCAAGUGCCAGGACAAAAUUUCCCAUCAUUCUUKUCGUAGAAAAUGACGUCACUGCACAUAUUAUUGGAUGGUGAUAAUAAUUUUGAUCCUGGGUUAGCAUCUAUAAUAUUGCUGCCAUAACGGUAAAAGGUCCAUUUGAAUGCAUGUUUUUAAUAUAAUUGAAUAAGAUGUAAUUUAAUUAGUAUCAGUAUUUGCCGAGUAGCGGAAGCCUUGUAUGUAUACGUGACCUUAGGGGGGAGUGGGUGGGAGGACUAGUGGAAAUGUGUAAACUAGUCGACUUCGCGUCAUUAUCACAACGCCUGCCUAGUGGAUAUUUUAUAAUUUUACUUGAAAUCGCGAAGAAAUAAUAAUUGUCAAUGGUUUGUACAGCUGUGCAUUGUAUCUGGUUAUCAGUUGGUCGUGGUUUAUUGCCUAUUCUGUGUAAUUUAUUUUAAUACAAUACCAAGCAGUUUUAACCUAUCUGUGAUAAUAGUUUUGAUAGCAUAAAAAUAACGAGUAAUGUCAAUAAAAUCCUAAGUUAUUUUUU